UACCAUUGCAGUGUUAGCUUCACGUUGCGGUUAUAUCCGCCGCUUCUCCAUCCAUGCCGCCUCAGUGACAGACAUCCUGCCCGUCGGUCAGGAAUGAACAGAUUUUGGAGAAACCUCCUUUGACACCUCUUUUACACCUCCCACCGUAAACAGAUGGAGGUCAGUCCCGUUUAUAUGCAGAGUGAUGACAGUGAACAGGAUAGGCCCGCUUAUCCCCGGCUUUUCCCUACAGGCGAAACCCGGAAGAGCGACCACCUUAAGGCGGGACUCUGCGUGGACUUCCCGGUGUCGGUGGUUCUUCCGGCCGGCGGCACCGGAGAGAGAACCGGACUGCAGACACCAAAACAGUUCUGUCCGUGUCUGGGUAGACCGCUCAUAAGCUACACUGUAGAGUCCUUUGAGAGGGUGUCAUGGAUCCAAACCAUUGUGGUUGUUGUUGCGAAGGAAAACAUUGGCUUGAUGAUGGACAUCAUCCAACGGUUCCAACACAAGAAGGUCCUAGUGGUACCCGGCGGCUCAACUCGUCACAGGUCCAUCUGCAAUGGAGUCGCGGCUCUGGGGGAGCAGCGGAGGCCGGCGGCCCACAAACCCAAGGUGGUCAUCAUACACGACGCUGUCCGCCCGUUUGUGGACGAGGACUUCCUGCACAAGAUAGCGAUGGCUGCCAAGGAGCAAGGAGCAGCUGGAGCUAUCAGACCACUUGUUUCCACUGUGAUCGCCACAACGUCGGAGGGAUACCUGGAUCAUUCGUUAGAGCGAGCCAAGUACAGGGCUAGCGAAAUGCCUCAGGGGUUCACAUAUGAUGUCAUCUGUGAGGCCUACAAGAAGUGCACCGAGUCAGACUUUGAGUUCGGUACCGAGUGUCUCCAUCUUGCUCUGCAGUACUGCGGCACCAACGCCAAACUCAUCGAUGGUCCGCCAACCUUGUGGAAGGUGACCUAUAAACGGGAUUUGGCUGCUGCAGAGUCCAUCAUCAAAGAGACUUUGUCACAGUCAGCUUGCCUUAUAACCGGGGGAUUGGAAGCUGCUGUGGCUCUGGCCAAUGUUCUCCAAAAAGUUUUUGGAGCUCUGAAUAUGGAGCUGAACGUCACGCCAGAUCUGAUGGGAGGCAACGCCAGGCAUCUGCUGGAAGACUGGAACUUCAUUAAGGUUUCUGUCGAUCCAUUUUGCCCUUCAGAAGUGGAGGCCAUAAUUGUGGCGUUAGAGGCAGGAAAUCGAGCUCUUCUCAACCCAGCAGUGAUCAUCUGGAUGCAUUUGAGUGUCACAGAGGAGCCAUCUACCAGCAGGAGAGCGACGGAGUCUGCUGCGCUGAUAGACCUAGCCUCAACAGCUAGGCCCCGAAAUAUUCUUCUCUACGGCAUCCGGCUUCAUCAGCCUGAGGACUCAGAGCAGUGGGACAGGUCGGCUUCACGGGUCGCUGACAUCGCAUCAGCCUUGAUUCGGGACAGGAACCCCGCCUUUGUGGGACAACUCCUGCAGGCGUGAAGAGAGGUGACAUCAACAAAACAAUCGUCGCUCAUGAAGACUGAAGAUGGAUUAUUUCUGCUGUCUUUUCAAGUCUCCAAUCCUGCAGCAGGCUUAAAGGAAGUUGUAUUUCUAAUGUGCAUUUUGAAAUAAAUCUUGACUUUUACAGCAAACUGUGAUAAACUGAGUCCUACAUUUCCCACAAUGCUUCUCUGAGCUGUUGUUAAGAUGCUUUCUCUGUUGCAUAAUUCUGAACUGAUGCAUUGCAGUUUUUACUGAAAUGUGAUUUCAUGCAGUUGGACCUGCUUUUGGGGCUCCAAAGAGAAAAUAUCAUUAAAAAAAUAUAUUAUAUACAGUAAUUCUGAAAUAUUUCUUUAUUUUUCUUAAUCAAUGGAUUUGAAAAAUUUAUCAGAACUUCAUCUUCUACUUCCUUAGAAAUCAAAGUUUGAAAGUUGUGCAGUUAUGUCUCUCUUCUGCUAAAGCUAAAGGCAUAUUUGGCUCCAGAGAGAUCCUUAAUGACCUCACAAAGGAAAUUAUGACUGUGAGUUUUAAAAUCAUGUUAGUUACCUUUUCUUCUUUCUGUUUCUUUAGUUGUCGUUGUGUUGGUUCUCAAUUUUUUACAAAUUUAAUAAGAUAUUCAUGAGCUUUUGCUGAAUCUGAGGAUACGUCUUGUUCUGUGUGAAUGUGAACCAAUUACCAGGGACUUCAAUAUUAAAAAAUACAUAAAUGUAAGAACUACUAGACUUGAAACAUAGUGCUGCAUUUUCAGUUUUUAUAUAGAGAAAUAUUAUGUUACUGCUCACACAUAAUCAUUGAGAAGAUUCUGGUGUAAUUAGCUAUUUUUAAUUCUAUUACUGGCAAAAAUCAAGCUCUAAAAUAAUCUGUUAACAUAAUGUGAUGCACCUCAAAGAUUUGAAACAGACUUCUGUAAAAAUUUUAACCUUUAGCAUUGUUUAAAAAACCUGAGCCAGGAGCAAAUCAGACACUAACAUGAUUUUAUUUUUAUCGUGACUCUUUUUGAGAUAAAAUAAGACACUAGUUUGCUUCUUCAUACAGAGUUUAAUAUUUCCAGCAGCUGAUUUGGGUGUUGGCACCGACUGAUGUGCAUGGAGUCAGAGUUGAAACCAACUGCAGGGUGUUCAUUGUGAUGAAGGCGCUUGUUAUCACUCGAUGCAGCGACGUGGCUCUGAUGUGUUUUUAAUGCGUUCUGCAGAGAAACAGAACCGUUUGGUACUGACAAAUGGCAAAUAUGUCGAGCUCUGGCAGAGAAGUCAUUGUUUUAUUCUUCUAUUUUCUGGACCUACCUGAAGCCUGAUUGUUCAUUCACAGGGAAAAUAAUCAUGGAUGCAAGUUGGAGGAAUUUGAUCUAGUUUAUGUAAAAAGCUCCAUUGGAUAAAGCUGGACUGUCACACAGCAUAAAAUGAGACGUAUUAACAUAAUUCUGCAGGUUUCAGAUUUUAUUUUCUGUGUUUAGUUUCUGAGACUCGUUCUGCUUCUGGAAGUUUGUUAAUUCAGUAUCCGACGAACCAGCAAGCAGCACAAUUAAUUACUGACACAGUUUUUAAAUUUUGACUUUAAGUGCUUAUUUUAUUGUGUCCAAACUUUUUGUGACACGAGUCAUG